AUGCGUUUUUCCGCCACCCUUCCCCUCCUCACCGCCGCCCUCGCGCUGGCCUCACCCUCCCCCAAGCCCGCUACCAACGCUAUGGCCCGUGAUGCCACCACCACCGUCAACGAAAUGACUGCAGCUAUCCAGUUCGCAGCCCAGGCGGACUGUGAUGUGUUCCAGUGCGCCAACGUCGUGGCAUCCACGGCUUGCAUUGCUGCUGGAAUUGCCAGUGGAAUGAUCGAGGCGGUGCUCGCAUGUGUUGCGAGCGGUUCGACUGGCAUCUGUCCAUGUGCCGCAUGCAUUCCUGGACUGAACGACUUCCUGGCGAACAACGGCAUCUGCACUUAG